AUGGAGGAAAAACGCUACAGGAGAACCAAUAAUCUCCACCACUCCAGCGGGACCGAAGUGGCGCUUCUCCGGUGCGCGGCCCUCGUUCUACCUUACCUACGCCCGGCAGAACUAGCCGCCAUAUCAUCAACCUGCAAAACCUUGAAACAUAUCUCCGAAACCGUAACUUCCCGAAGAACCUCCGACGCUUCCAGAGGCUUCGAGAACUUUGCUGUCCCUUCAAUCAACCCAGUUGUUGGUGAUUAUGAACUCUACCCCUACUUUCUCUACACUCCCGUUCAGACCCUCGAAUUAAACCCCGAAUUUCAUCAAUCAUGGGGCUCCGACACUGAUACCGGACUCGAUUUCCGGAGACUGGAUCCCUUCCUGUUCCGGGUGGAAGGCGCCCACGGAUGCGAAUGUGUGAUGUGCGCCAGUGGGGACUCAUCGUGUCCUUGUCUGGACUCGGACGAGUUGUUGCUGUCUCGGGAGUGCGGGCCGAGCUGCAGGUGCGAGAUCGGAUGCGGCAACCGGGUGACUCAGGGAGGUGUGUCGGUGAAGCUGAAGAUAGUGAAGGAUGAGAGGAAAGGUUGGGGUUUGUAUGCUGCUGAGUUAAUUCCGAAGGGAAAAUUCGUGUGCGAGUAUGCAGGUGAGCUUUUGUCUACUAAAGAAGCAAGACGACGACAACAAAUGUAUGAUGAACUUGCAUCAAGCGGGCGUCUAUCCCCUGCUCUUUUGGUUGUGAAGGAGCAUCUUCCAUCUGGAAAUGCAUGCAUGAGGAUCAACAUUGAUGCUACAAGAGUUGGGAAUGUUGCUCGAUUCAUUAAUCACUCUUGUGAUGGCGGAAACAUCAGCAUAGCUGAAGCCGAAUGGCCAGCAGUGCUUUUGCGGUAG